CGCCAUCUCCCACAUUCCUAAUGCUCAAUCCUCCUUCCCUCUUCUCUAUGAAUAAAUAAAUCUCCCUUUCCAUGAACAACGAUUCCACUUUACAGUAUAUAAUGAGGCUAUUUACGGGUCAUUGAUUCUGACUCGCGAGAAAUAGAAAUGGAAGGCCAUCGGAAGAGAAAAUCCUUUUCAGACAUCACAAAUACCUACAACCUGAUACCGACCUCAGAGCUGCGCAAGCUCGUGGCAGCCUCCACCAAUCCCACUUCAAUCUCAAAGCCCCCGAUUUCGAUUUUGAAGUCGAGCUCCAUCUCCCAAUCGUCUAAUAGAUCCGACGCAAGUAUCGGGUCAUCCAACGUCAAGGCCGCGUGGAAUUCCAGUAUCGAUCAAUUUCGAACUCCUCCCUACGCAAUCUCUUCUUCAAUUACUCCUCCACGUGAUAGGGUAAGUAAGGAUGCAUCGUGUGAACGAAAACAGAUUUAUGAAAAGAAGACAAAAGAAACUGAGGAUGCCUUUGCGGUUGUUAGUCCCACAUCGGUUGAGAAAAGGAAGGCCAAAGGGAAGGCCAUUGCUGUACCAUUGAGUUCUUCACCUUUCAAAGAAACGAACAUUAUGAAUCAGAAAAAUAACUGCAAGCCUAGUACUCUGUUUGAGAAAGAAAAUCAGAAAGGCAAGAUGCAUCAUAAUCUCUUUAGUGAUCUAGUUGAGCUACAUGAGUCUAAUAAGGGGAGUUUUAGUUCGCAUAACCACUGUUAUGGGAAAACAGAGAAACGGAAGGCAGUUCUAAACACUUCUGGACGUGACAUUGGGAAACAAGAUGGCAUGGAAAAGGGUAUUAUGGACAAUUCCAGCUACUCACUUGAGAAAACAAUUGAUGGAAAAAAAGCAACUGCUGAGCUUUUUGUAUCCCGCAAUGAUGCAGAGAAGGCCAUUCUUAGGCAUUUGGGAUUCUCAGUUAUGAAGACAAAAGAGGUCAGAAAGGAGGUUGUUAUUCCUUCUUCUAGCUGCUCAGUUAAGACAACAGUGGAGAAAGGAAAUACUGUCUACCCAGAGGAAUCAAGGGAGAAAGGCAAGGUAAUCAUGCAGUCAUCAGAUGAUGUUGAGGUGACAACAGCUAAAGAGUUAUCUGUUGCUGUGUCACUCAACUCCCGACCACGAAGGAAAAAUGCAGGGAAGAGGAAAAAUGAUGUUGGGUCUUCCAGUUGCCCCCCUAUGAUGAAGACAAGAAAUUUACAGGUUAAUCUUGAUAAUGCUGAUGAUACAAAUUUUUCGAAGUCGUGGACUGAUGCUCAACGAAAAUUGAGAAAGAAGAGGCCGAUGAUCAAAGACACUAAUGAACUGCCAGAGGAUUUUAUCGAACAGCAAAGAGCAUAUUUCAAAGAAAUUGAUGAGUUUGAACUUCCAGAAGAGGAAGUAUCACAGGAUGAGUUAGAGUAGGAAAAGGAAAAAUGUAUGCAGCGCAGGUUUAAGUAUCCAUUGUACAGUUGUAAUGUGAUACGUUAGAAACGUAUGAUGAAGGGAUUGCUAUCGUUUUCUAGUUCACUUUUACUGAUAUCACUCUUAUGCGGUUUAGAUAGGAGACAUUUCUCUUGCAAUGGAUAUACCAUAUAUAAUUCAGGUAGCCGUGUAUUGAUAAAAAAGUAACCUUCCUUUAUAUGAGUUGAAGGAAUCUUUUAGGGCGUGAUUGUUAUGAAUCCAUCAUUAUGAUCCAAUUUGGUUAGCUAAAGAAAGUUAUUUUGAAUAAAGUUGAUUGAGUGAAUAAUUUUGAAUUUGUAAU